CCUUUUUUCCCCCGGAUCAUAUCAAUCAUAUCGAUUGCAAUGGCUUCCUCUCUCAGACUAGGAACCUCUGCUCUUCGUUCCUCUUCCAUUGCUGCUAAGCCAGCUGUGCAGUCCGCGGCCUUCAAUGGCUUGCGCUGCUACUCUACCGGCAAGGCCAAGUCCCUGAAGGAGACCUUCGCCGAAAAGAUCCCCGGUGAGAUUGAGAAGGUCAAGAAGCUCAGAAAGGAGUAUGGCAACAAGGUCAUUGGUGAGGUCACUCUUGACCAGGCCUACGGUGGUGCUCGUGGCAUCAAGGCUCUCGUCUGGGAGGGCUCCGUUCUCGAUUCUGAGGAGGGUAUCCGCUUCCGUGGCAAGACUAUCCCCGAGAUCCAGGAGCUCCUGCCCAAGGCCCCCGGUGGCGAGGAGCCCCUUCCUGAAGGUCUCUUCUGGCUCCUUCUUACUGGCGAGAUCCCCUCUGAGCAGCAGGUUCGCGACCUGUCUGCCGAGUGGGCUGCUCGCUCCGAUGUCCCCAAGUUCGUUGAAGAGCUCAUCGACCGCUGCCCCAGCACUCUCCACCCCAUGGCUCAGUUCUCCCUCGCUGUGACUGCUCUUGAGCACGAGUCUGCCUUCGCCAAGGCUUACGCCAAGGGCAUCAACAAGAAGGAGUACUGGAGCUACACCUUCGAGGAUUCCAUGGACCUCAUUGCCAAGCUUCCCACCAUUGCCUCCAAGAUCUACCGCAACGUCUUCAAGGAUGGCAAGGUUGCCGCUAUCCAGAAGGACAAGGAUUACUCCUUCAACCUGGCCAACCAGCUUGGCUACGGCGAAAACAAGGACUUCGUUGAGCUGAUGCGCCUGUACCUGACCAUCCACUCUGACCACGAGGGUGGCAAUGUCAGCGCCCACACCACCCACCUCGUCGGCAGUGCUCUGAGCUCCCCCAUGCUCUCUCUGGCCGCCGGUCUGAACGGUCUGGCUGGUCCUCUUCACGGACUGGCCAACCAGGAGGUGCUCAACUGGCUCACCAAGAUGAAGGCCAGCAUUGGCAACGACCUCAGCGACCAGGCCAUCAAGGACUACCUCUGGGCCACCCUCAACGCCGGCCAGGUCGUGCCCGGCUACGGCCACGCCGUUCUCCGCAAGACCGAUCCUCGCUACACUUCUCAGCGCGAGUUCGCUCUUCGCAAGCUUCCUGAUGACCCCAUGUUCAAGCUGGUCAGCCAGGUCUACAAGAUCGCCCCUGGUGUCCUGACCGAGCACGGCAAGACCAAGAACCCUUACCCCAACGUCGAUGCUCACUCUGGCGUCCUCCUCCAGUACUACGGCUUGAACGAGGCUAACUACUACACCGUCCUCUUCGGUGUGUCCCGUGCCCUCGGUGUCCUGCCCCAGCUCAUCAUCGACCGCGCUCUUGGCGCCCCCAUCGAGCGCCCCAAGUCCUUCAGCACUGAGGCCUACGCCAAGCUUGUUGGUGCCAAGCUGUAAAAAGCUGGUAUCUGAAAAACCCCGGGGGUCGGUAUGACGGCUUUUUGCAAUCUGUAUCAUUUCAUAUCAAUUUAGAUUGGGAAGCGCUGAGUCUUGGGUUUGGUUCAAUUUGUAUGAUAUGAUUCCAUCGGUUCGAGCGGGCCUUGAAAAGCCCUUCUACAUCCACUACGCAAUGUUUCUG